GCAAACGAGUAAAGGAAUGACACACAGUUCCUUAAUAUUCACUCAAUUAAUAGCGAAAAAAUGUUAGAUGCUUGUCAUUUCGGACGCCCACUGUACAUAGUGGACUUUGGCUAUAUAAGCCCUUCAUUCUCGAUCUCUCGUGGAAGUCGUAAACAAAAGAGAAUCUUCCCUUCUUUUCUAGGGAAACUUCUUUGUUACCCAUUGAGGAGAACAAGAAGCAGCAGAAAUGGGAGGAGGCAAUGGCCAGAAGUCAAGGAUGGCUCGAGAGAAACACAUGGAGAAGAACAAACCCGCUAAGGGCAGUCAGCUGGAAUCAAACAAGAAAGCCAUGACGAUCCAGUGCAAGGUUUGCAUGCAGACAUUCAUAUGCACCACGUCAGAGGUGAAGUGCAGGGAACAUGCUGAAGCAAAGCACCCAAAAUCUGACGUCUAUGCUUGUUUCCCUCACCUUAAGAAAUGAAUGAGAUAUAUCCAAUAAUAAAUAUAGAACUUGCAGAUUGGAUUUGAGGUUUCCAUCUCUUGUAUCAUAUUGUCAAUUAAAUUUGAAGCUUCUGUUAAAAUCUUUGCCAGGAGAUGGGAUAUCAACACAAUCUGAAAUUGUUCUUGCUAUAUUAUGGUUACUGUCUUGCUU